AGAACGAAUAAUCCGUAGGGCAACACUCUGUUUGUAAGCCGAGCUGGGCUCCUCGAUCAAGCAAUGGCAGCGUCAAUGCAGCUCCUAGUGCAGGCAUCCGCGCAUCCAAUCGGCGCAAGAUCGCCACUCUCAUCGGCAUUUCAUGGCAGCGUCGUGCAUCAGCAUGAUUUUAGUGCUCGCGCGGGGAAUUUCCGGGCUAAAGGUCGUGUAGUCUGCCAAGUGGAUGAAUCCUCCCAGAGCAAAACCGAUCGAUGGCAAGGCCUGGGGACCGAUACGUCGGAUGAUCAGCAGGAUAUUACGAGAGGAAAGGGGAUGGUGGAUUCGUUGUAUCAAGGCCCUCAAGGAGGAGGAACGCAGACUGCCGUUAUGUCGAGUCUCGAGUACCUCAACACCGCUCAGCGCGUCUACUCUAUGGAUAACACCAUCGAUGGGUUAUACAUCGCUCCAGCGUUCAUGGACAAGCUCGUCAUUCACAUUUCCAAGAAUUUCAUGGCUCUUCCGAAUAUUAAGGUUCCUCUUAUCCUCGGUGUUUGGGGAGGCAAAGGACAAGGAAAAUCAUUUCAGUGCGAAUUGGUGUUUUCCAAACUAGGAAUCAAUCCCAUUGCAAUGAGCGCUGGAGAGCUCGAGAGCGGUAAUGCUGGAGAACCUGCAAAGCUAAUCCGACAGAGAUAUCGGGAAGCAGCUGAUAUUAUCAAGAAGAAAGGCCAAAUGUGCGUCUUGUUUAUCAACGACCUGGAUGCCGGUGCUGGAAGAAUGGGAGGGACUACGCAGUACACCGUCAACAACCAGAUGGUAAAUGCAACACUGAUGAACAUCGCGGACAAUCCAACCAACGUCCAACUGCCUGGAAUUUACACCAAGGAGGAGUUACCCCGAGUUCCGAUCAUUGUGACUGGAAACGAUUUCUCGACUUUGUAUGCACCUUUGAUCCGUGACGGUCGCAUGGAGAAGUUCUACUGGGCGCCUACGAGGGAGGACAGGAUUGGCGUUUGUAAAGGCAUUUUCAGAACUGACGACGUACCUGAUGAGGACAUCGUUAAACUUGUGGACACCUUUCCAGGACAAUCUAUAGACUUCUUUGGUGCUCUGAGGGCCCGAGUCUACGAUGACGAGGUUAGAAAGUGGAUUACCCAGGUUGGGGUGGAAAAUAUAGGCCCGAAGCUGGUCAACUCUAAGGAUGGUCCCCCGACUUUUCCAAAGCCUCCCAUGACGAUUGACAAGCUACUCGAAUAUGGAAAUAUGCUUGUUCAAGAGCAGGAGAAUGUGAAGCGAUAUCAUCUGGCUGAUAAGUAUAUGAAGGGGAGUUCCUUGGGUGAUGCAAAUGAGGAUGAAAGGGAGAAGGAUACCUUCUACGGCAAAGCUGCCCAAGCGGUCAAGCUUCCAGUUCCAGAAGGCUGCGCUGAUCCCUUCGCAAGAAACUUCGAUCCUACGGCCAGAAGUGAUGACGGAACUUGUGAAUAUGAUUUUGCUGAGAAAACUCCCGCAACGAGUUCUUUGAAACAAGACAAUUUGUAUGGCAAGGCUGCACAACAGAUUAAUCUUCCAGUGCCGGAGGGAUGUACGGAUUCCAAUGCUAUAAACUUCGAUCCAACGGCAAGAAGCGAUGAUGGAACUUGUGUUUAUGAUUUUUCCGAAGGUCAAAAAGCUGAAAAAGAUAAUUUAUAUGGAAAAGCUGCACAGCAAAUCAAUCUUCCAGUUCCUGAGGGCUGUACCGAUCCCAAUGCUGCUAAUUUCGAUCCGACUGCAAGAAGCGAUGAUGGAACUUGCGAAUAUGACUUUUCUGCUGAAGCUUCUAAACCCAAAAUUUCCGUCGCCGAUAAAUCCAACAUUUACGGAAAGGCCGCACAACAGGUUAACAUUCCAGUGCCUGAAGGGUGCGCGGAUCCCAAUGCAGCGAACUAUGACCCAACCGCAAGGAGUGACAAUGGAUCUUGCAUUUAUGAUUUUGACGAGAAGGUUGAAUCGGACGCCACGAAGAAAUCCGAAGUGAAAGCGCUAGAUGAGAAAAAAAGUGGAAUUCCUGAAAAGGUUGUCAAGGUUGUUCUAGCGAUUCUCUCGCUUCCAUUUUCUCGAAGGAAAUCCGCUGGAGCAAAAGAGAAUGAAAAGCCUUUCUUAAGUUUCUCAACUGGAAAACGCAGCUUUGUUGCUCAGGCAGUGUAUACACUAGGGGCAUUGCACGGUACUUUUGACAAUUUUGCUUUCGCUGACGAAGAGCCGUGUCCAACUGUGACACGCAAAGUGUUUCUGGACAUCAGCAUCGAUGGAGAACCGGCAGGCCGCGUCGUCGUUGGACUCUACGAAGACGACGUACCAGUGGGCGCCAGACGCUUUGGAGAGAUUGCGGCUGGUCAGAAGGGAGUGAGUUAUAGGAAGCGAGAUUUUUACAAGAUAACAGGGAACUACAUACAGAAUGGAGGCCUCAGGACCUUCAGCCUGAGCGGUAGAGCCAAGGAUACAGCUCAAUUCGCAGGUGGUCUAGACGCUAAAGCUCUAGCCAGCGAGAUGAAAACGCUAGACGAGACAGGGAAACGGCCGAAGAACGUGAAAGGUGCGGUUUCGAUCGUGGCCAUAGAUGCCACAAAGCCUCCAGCAAAGCCGAAACUUAUAGCUCGCGACGGGAAGUUUGAAGUCGUGUACGAAGAGUCACGGCCGGAUCCAAACGGGACUGAGUUUUGCAUUGCCUUUGAGGAUGCUCCGGAGCUUGAUCCAACGAAUUCGGUGGUAGGCCGGGUGGUAGAAGGCCUGGACGUUGUCCGGAAGAUCGCGAGUACCAGGGUGGUCAAAGAUAACACGAGCAAUCUUUACUUCCGCACUGCCAAGCUUAUAGGCGAUACCCGAGCAGUGGUUGCUGAGAGGGGAUUCAAUCGACCAUACGCAAAGAUUGUCAUUUCGCAGUGUGGCAUUCUUGACAACUGAUACAAACAGCUUUACGCGAACGCUCCAUGUUUUUCCAACAAGAAUGCUCUAUCUAAAUCGAUGGAAUCGAUCCAAGGAUACUGGCAGCGGCAACGCGAUUGAACGCGUCAGUGAAAUGGAUCCCGUCCCAGCUGAUGUAGGAGGACGGGGACUCGCAAACCGGCGUGGCAAUCACCCCGCACUGCUUCACGGCUUCAUGGAGUUUGCCGCCGCCACCGCAGCAAGCACUCAACUUCGAGCUUGGCGCAAAUCCUGCCGCGAGAAAGAUCAACAAAGCUCGAUCAGCACAACGUACCGUGAAGCUCGGGAUUGGCAAUCACAUCCUUGUGAACCGCGAAGAUAUCUCCAAAGAAAACUCGAGCUUGAGCAAACUUCCCCGCGAAACCGAGAGCCAGAGAGCGCAGCCGUGCGUUGUACGACCCCACGACAUCGUCGAAAGCUCGCAAGCAGCCACUGGCAUCGUAAUCUUCCGGACUGGAGGAUCCAAACUCACUCAAGACGACUGGAAGGCAUCCCACGGCAGGAACAGUGACAAUAAGAAACUUUCUCGCGCCAACGUCGUGGUAGAGCCUCUGCUUGUGCCUUAAGAGAAAGACGUGAGAAAGAUCAUCUCAUUGUUACAUAUAAAGAAGAAGAAGAAGAAGAAGAAUUGCUACCUCCAAA